AUGCGACCGCUCGAGGAGAGCGAACUGGAACAAGUGCUCGCCAAACUCUUCACAUUCGUCGGGAAGAACAUCGAGACGGUGUUGCAGCGCUCGGACGCGCCGCACUCGCUGCGAUUGCAUAAGAAGCGGGUGUACUACGUGCGGGAUGACGUGCUGAAGCGAGCGACGAGCGUGGGGAGGGAUGAGUUGGUCGCGCUCGGGACGUGCCUGGGGAAGUUUACGCACAGCGACAAGUUUCGGUUGACGAUCGGGGCGCUGGAUCUGUUGGCGGCGCACGCGAAGCACAAGAUGUGGGUGAAACCGACGAGCGAGAUGGGCUUCAUGUACGGGAAUCACUUGUUGAAGAGUGGGUUGGGGAGGAUCUCAGAGAACGUUGCGGCGAACGCCGGCGUGGUCAUUUAUUCCAUGGCGGACGUGCCGAUUGGAUUUGCCGUUGCGUCGAAGAGCACGCAGGAUUGUAGGAAAUUAGAUCCGAGCGCGAUCGUUGCGUAUCACUUGGCCGACGUCGGGGAGUAUCUGCGCGCCGAGGACUCAUUCGUGCAAGGGAAGAAGGACUGA